AUGGAGUGUGGAAAGGAGCUGCUUCUACUUGGUUUUAUGAUUGUGGUGGCAAAGUGCAGUUCUUCAUGCCCAAUAGGGUUCAUUCCACAACAACAACAACAACAACGUGACUGCAUUGACAUCAAUGAAUGUGAUACUGAAGAUCCAUGUCCAAAGGAUUCAAUAUGCUUCAACACAAACGGGAGUUACUAUUGCCAGUGCCUGAGUGGCCACCGAAAUAUCAGAGGGAGCGUGAAUUUCACCUUUGAUGGGCACUGUGAAGACAUCAAUGAGUGCAGAGAGCAGUCCAACGCCUGUGGACCAGCCGCCAAUUGUUUGAACGUUAUUGGGAGCUACAGCUGCCCCUGCAUUUCUGGAUACUUUAAUAUGAGUGGACAGUGUGAAGAUAUUGAUGAAUGUAAAGAUGCUGAAUUAAGCCAAGAGGAGAUCUGCGGAGAAGGCACUUGUAAGAAUGUGGAUGGGAGCUAUUGGUGCAAGUGUCCAAAAGGCUACACAAACUAUGGGAACACGAGGACUCCAUGCUCAGAAUUGGACUGUGACAGCUUUAUUGCACCAGAAGCGUCCGCCUCUCCGUCACUUAGCGGCCUGGCAACCAUUUUCUCCAUGAUGAAGAACAGCUGCUUGACUCUGUCCAGCCCCACGGCGCCUGAUGAGGGGAAGGGGAAAGGAGAGGCGCUACUGGAGAAUCUGUUCACGGCCACAGAGAGCGUCUUGUCUCCCAUUCAGCAGCUGGAGCUGACGGACGUGACGGACCUUCUGCUCACCGUGGAGGACUCCAUCAGGUUCAUCGGACCACAGCUCAAACACAACAGCACCAGGAUCGAGACCACUGAGACUGAUGCUGAGAUUGUGGUUCAGAAGAGCGAAACCAGGCCGUCUGGAGCAGUAAGUCUGACCAAUGAAAACGCUCAACUGGAUAUAGACUGGGCUACAGCUUCCGGGACAGGCCCUUACCCUGGGUUUGCCAUGUUAGCACUGUUGAGUUAUAAAAACCUGGACCAAUAUGUGAAACAGUCCUUUGAUGAGCUGAAGGAACAGGGAGGAAAAAGCAGCACUGAUCCAUCGUUUCAGAUCAACUCUAAAGUGGCUUCUGUGAUCGUGUCCAACCCUUCCACCCAGAAUCUGAGUCACCCAGUUUACAUUACCCUCAGACAUCUCCAGGCCAAUGAGGAGUCGGACGAGCUGAAGUACCUCUGUGUGUUCUGGAGUAAUGCAAGCGCCUGGUCCACAGACGGCUGCCGUCAGCACCGCUCUAAUGCCACACACACGGUCUGUCGCUCUGAGCAUCUCAGCAGCUUUGCUGUGCUUAUGGCUCUGUAUCCUAUGGAGCACACAUUUGGACUGCAGCUGGUGACAAAGAUUGGUCUGAUCCUCUCGCUGUUGUGUCUGGUGAUGUGCAUAUUUACAUUCUCGUGCUGCCACUCGAUAAAGGGGACACGCACCACCAUCCACCUGCACCUCUGCCUCUGCCUGUUCGUGGCCGACCUGGUCUUCCUCGCUGGCAUCUCACAGACUAAACCAGUGGGUGGCUGCCGGUUUGUGGCUGCACUGCUCCAUUACUUCUUCUUGGGGGUCUUCACGUGGAUGCUGCUGGAGGGCGUGCAGCUGUACCGGAUGGUGGUCCUUGUGUUUAACGCCACCAUGCGACCUCUUUACCUCUACGUCUUUGGUUACGGAGCGCCCCUCGUUGUGGUCAUCCUCUCUGCCAUCAUCCGCCCCUCAGGAUACGGCACAGACCAGUACUGCUGGUUGUCUCUGAAAGACGGCCUCAUUUGGAGCUUCUUUGGCCCGGUCUGUGCCGUAAUCAUCUUGAACGUCUUAUUCUUCAUCAUCACUGUGUGGAAAUUGGCUCAGAAGUUCGCCAGUCUCAACCCAGACCUGUCUAAACUGCACAAAAUUAGAGCGUUCACAGUGACAGCCAUAGCCCAGAUGUGCAUCCUCGGCCUCAUGUGGGUGUUUGGGGCUUUCCUGUUUGAAGGAGCGGCAAACUCAGCAGUGGCUUAUAUCUUCACCAUCCUGAACAGCCUCCAGGGGGCGCUGUUGUUCAUCAUGCACUGCGCACUGUCUAAACAGGUACGAGAUGAGUAUGCACGCAUCUUCUCCUGCGUCUGCACACCAGAGAAGAAGAGAUACUCAGACUUACUCAGCAGCACAAACCCCUCCAGCAGCCAGUCACAAUCACAGGGGUCUCGGAGUGGACAGAACACAGGAGAAUCACAAAUAUGA